GGGAGCGGCGGCGCUGCGGGACGGGCGGGCCCGGCGCCGCCAUGGCCGCGUCCCCCGCUCAGCGGCGCCGCUGGGAACGGGAGCAGGCCCGGCUGAGGGCCAGCGUGCUGGAGGAGGACACCGAGCCGUGGCAGAAGGAGCCGCAGUUCUCGGGGCUGCACAGAGUGGGAGGCGUGGAUCUGUCCUACAGCAAGGGGGACGAGAGCCGUGCCUGCGCCUCCCUGGUCGUGCUCAGCUACCCGGACCUCGAGGUGCUGUACCAGGACUGCCGCAUGGUGCCCGUCACUGCCCCGUACGUGGCCGGGUUCUUGGCCUUCCGAGAGGUGCCUGUCCUGGUGGAAGCCGUGCAGAGACUUCAGCAGGAGGAGCCCCAGCUCCAGCCUCAGGUGCUUCUGGUGGAUGGGAAUGGCCUGCUCCAUCCCAGAGAAUUUGGCAUAGCCUGUCACCUCGGAGUCCUGACAGACCUGCCAUGCAUUGGCGUGGCCAAGAACCUCCUGCACGUGGAUGGCUUGGUCAGGGAUGAGCUGCACAAGGAGCAGGUUCGUUCCCUGCAGAGGUCAGGAGAGGCGUUCCCACUGACAGGCACCUCGGGGAAGGUCCUGGGCAUGGUGCUGCGGAGCCACAGCAACAGCUCCAGGCCCCUGUACGUGUCCGUGGGGCACCGGGUGAGCCUGGGCACGGCCGUGUCCCUGGUCAGGGCCUGCUGCCGCUUCCGCAUCCCGGAGCCCAUCCGGCAGGCUGACAUCAGGUCCAGGGAGUACCUUCGGAGGCAGCCCUGUGCUCCAGUGGAGGGGCUGGAGGCUGUGCCUGCCAGCCCAGAGAGCAAAAAGGAGGAUGAAUCGGAGGAUUAGUCUGGUGCCAGAAGAAAGUGCAGAGCUUCUCUUCUCUUGGUCCUGUCCUGCACCAAGGCUGGGUCCUGCUGGGUGCAGGAGCCCAGUGCCACCCUGGGGACAGCUGUGCCAGGCUGUGUCCCACAGCACAGCACCAGCCACUGCUCAGGGAGAAUCCUUGCAGUGAAUUUCUCAGGGUUCUUUUCGAGUGCUGUUAAAGUCUUUGUGUAAGCAAAGCUCACGUGUGAGUUUGCAGCACCUCACUGGAGUCCUUGUGCAGCUGCAGGGGCUCAUUUACAGAGCUGCUGAGGCUGCCACUGCAGAGCCAGCCUGUGUGUCCCACCACACUCUGUGGCACUCUGAGAGCCCUCCUUUCCCUCUGCUUUUGGAGCAGCUCCCCCUGUCCCUGCAGCCUGGGCUCUCCCAUUCCCCCUGCACAUCCCUGGGGAGCAGCAGCCCCACUGCCCAGCUCUUCUGGAGGAAGGAUCAUCUCAGGGGAAAGGAUGGGAGGAACCCUCCCUCUGAGGAGCAUGGGGAGGUCAUUCCUGGCACACAGAGUGCUCAGGUGCCCAAAUCCCAGGCUGGAGAUCUGGCCCAGCCCCAGCUCAACCUGAGGAGCAGAGCCCAGAGUUUCUGUGCCCAAAUCAUCCUCAACCCUCAUCCAGCCUGCAGGACCAAGGCUGCUCCCAAGGUGUGGGGUCCUGGCAGGUGGUUCCUGACUGUUCUGAGGAGCAGCAGGAGCAGAAGGUGCCCUGGGAGAUCCUGGUGUGGCUGUGAAGACUCCAGCCUGAAGAGGAAGAAGGAUGCUUUCCUGGGGGUGGGGAGGGAUGCUCAGGUCAGGCCCAUGUGGGCUGUUUAACCUCCAUUUUGCAUAAAUUUGUUGUACAAAUUUGUUCUUUCCUGUCUUGGAGCUGCUCUGGGUGGGGAGGACAAAGCCCAGCCCGUUGUGCCUCUGCUGUGUUGGGUCUGAACCAGGUGGGGAAAGGGAGGAAGUGACAAACCCUGGGCUCGAC